GACUCACCACAGCAAUAGAAAUAAUAUCACUUUGUAGAAACGUAGCCAGAAGAUCUAAAUUUAGGAGAACAUUUUACACCAGAGGUACAGUUUCCCUCUACACCGCCGUGGACGACCGAACUGGCCUCAGACCACAAUGAUUUGCUAUCUACAGCGACGUGACGGCCCACCAUAAUGAAUACUGACGACAAUACUUUGUUGACUAUCUCUUAUAAAGGCCUGCAAAACCUUCUUGGUGUCGUUCAAAACUAUGCUGAUAGGUGGCAGCUAAAAUAUAAUGUAAGCAGGAGGAAACCAGCUGAUCUAAAUCUAGGAGGAUAUUUUACACCGAGGUUACAGUUUCCCUCUACACCGCCGUGGACGACCGAACUGCAAGAUGGCGACCUCUCAGAAACUCACUGAACAUUACUUAACCUGUGUCAUAUGCUCUGAUGUCUUCACUAAUCCCUGUACACUUGUGUGUAACCACACCUUCUGUCGGAAAUGUAUCGUCAACUACACCAAGACCAGACCAGAAGCCAUCAGGGCCAAGUCCCUCCUCUGUCCAUUCUGCAACAAGAUGACGAAAGUGUCCGCCCCUGAGAGACCAGUGGAGGAGUGGGCAGAUGACGUCAAACCAAGCUUUGUCAUCCAGGGACUCUUGGACUCAUUUGGUCCAGGAUCUAAAGAUACAACCAACUGCAGCUAUUGUAUUCAAGAAGGGGAGACAACUCCUGCCUCUGUUUGGUGCUAUGUGUGUGAUGAUGCACUGUGUGGAAGAUGCAUCAGAGUUCACAAUCGCAUCCCAUCUUCUCGUCAUCAUGACGUCACUGUCCUUUCUCGGGAGGUCAAGGUCAAACGAAGACGAACGGUCAUGUGUAAAGAACACACGGAUGAAAGCAUCAAGUUGUUGUGUAAAGAUUGCAAGAAAGCAGUUUGUCAAACCUGUUGUACAAUCUACCACAGGAAAUGUGAGUCUGUUGUCAGCUUGGGAGUGGAGAUACGGGCAAUGAAAGCAGUACUGACGCGGGCGACGGGCAAUUUGUCACGGAGAAAAGACGAAAUCAGCAAAGAGAUUGAGACAAAGAAGUCAAAGCUGGAGGACGAAACUUGUCGAUUUAAACAAAUGGAAUCAGAUAUUAACUCUGCAACGGUUAAAGCGAUAGAACGGAUUAAACUCCGGGAAAAGGAUCUUCUUGAUCAACUGAAAAAGAUGUCAGACGAACACCUUGGACAACUGAAAGCAGACAUUAAGUCAGGUGAUAUGUCAGUACAGAUGUACCAACAACAGGCUGAGCUGAUAGACCAGACCCUACAAUCGGAGUGUGACAUGGAUGUGUAUGAGAUGUAUCAGGGUUGUGAGGCGGGUGAUGCAGACGCAGAACUGAAGAAAAGAGGAAGAAUAGCCAGGGUCACAUUCAGACAGGACACGGACAAGCUGAGUAAAUCUCUGGACGAUCUACAGCUGGGUGAGAUAGACGUCCUGUAUGAGAGUGAGCUGGACCUGACGGCUACUCCUGUGUUACAGGACACCAUUAGCGUGCUGGAUCUGAAGGCUACUCCUGUGUUACAGGACACCAUUAACGUCAAAGUAGCAGGCGACAAAUCUGACGUAACGCCACGUGAUGUGACAGAGAUGGUUGUUAAUGGUAUUGACACGGUUGUAGUCACAGAUCAUUUUAACCGCAGUGUGGAGUCCUUCUACACCAGGAACAAUCAACAAGGUCACAGUAAGCUCCUGCUUCGUGGAUUUCCCUGGGGUAUUACGAAGUUGACACACAACCAGGUGGCCGUUACUGUCUGGAACAUCAAUCAGAUUGUAACAGUAGAAGUCAACCCUGACCUGAUGUUGCUGUCAACCAUCACAACCAGCAAAGAGUACUUUGGCAUUACGUCCCUGACACCAUCAACACUAGCAGCUAGUUCCCGGUUUCCUCCCUGUGUUGAUAUCCUGGAUAUGACAGGAAACGUGCUGAGGUCAAUCAGUCCACUCCACAAAGGUAACAACAUCUUACAAUAUCCCAACUUUCUCUGUACCACGAGGACAGGAAACAUCCUGGUGUCUGACGGUGGAACCAAGUGUGUCGUGUGUCUGACCCCCGAGGGAGAUGUGGUGUUCACCUACAGCCCGACAGGAGACAAAGCACUGAAGUCUCCCUAUGGUAUCACAAGUACCAGCACAGGUGGCAUCCUGGUGACAGACUACUCUCUAAACAGAGUCAUCCAUCUGACGGAGUCAGGACAGUUUGUAAAACAUCUACUGACAUCCAAAGAUGGUAUUCAGAGCCCACAUGGAAUAUAUGUUGAUGUGAGAGGGCGGGUGUAUGUUUGUCUUAACAAGGGUGCAAUACAGAGGUUCUAUUGGAGCAACUGAACAUGGGAUGUAAGGAUUCAAGAACCUCUGUCAACGUGCUUCGAGAACACUGAUGAGCUGCUCCAACUACAAGUCAGCAAGGAUGGUGUGUGUGUGUGCGCGCGCGCGCGUGCGUGCGUGCGUGCGUGCGUGCGUGUGUGUGUGUGUAUGUAUGUAUAUAUAUAUAUAUAUAUGUGUGUGUGUGUGUGUAUAUGUGUGUGUGAACGUGUGUAUAUAUAUAUAUAUAUAUAUGUGUGUGUGUGUAUGUGUGAAUAUAUAUCUAUGGAGGCAUACAGUUUUAUACAUGAAUAAGUAACAGUACUUAACAUUCUCUAGAAACAUGUUCUUCAAAAACGUGUGGAUAUGUUUUCUCCUAUAAGCAAAGACAUAACACAAUGUUUCUAUAUCCGCGUACUACUCUCGUACACGCCUCAGGCGGCAGGUUGAGGACACAGGUUCUCUGGCGUUUUGAAUUUAAUUUGACUAUUGUUUAUUCCGUUUUUGUUAAUAGCCGAUGACGUCACAACGAACUAAACUGAUAAGGUGAUUAUAAGACCUGGGUUCGAUUCACCAAAUGGUCGGAAUGCGUAAAGCCAUUUCAUCGUUCCAUGUCAUGUAUUACUAUGAUCAGUCAAUAACAAGGCUGAACCAAAUGUGACGCGCUGCAGAGAAGCCCUUCUGUACGCUGUUGAUUAGUAGUAUAUGCGCUGCGUCACCUUUAUCAUUGGUACAGCUCUAUUCUUGUGAUUUAACCCAUGUUUGUUUCUCUGUUAUUAUUUCCCUAUAAACUAACGACAAAUGUAACGAUUGACACAACAGACUAGUGAUUUGGGAUUCAAAUAUUAAAUAUAAAUAAUACACGUAACACCGAUCUACAUUAACGGGUCUAAAUAGCCCUGAUCUAAUGGGUUCCUUGCAUUAGUGUCAAAAAAAGCCGAUUGUCCGAUUAACGAGACUUGAAUGUAUAUGAAAACACGUGUUUAUUUCUUAAAUAAUACUAUUGCUUUUAGUAAUUUAAUGUAAUAAACUUAGAAAUCAAAUGCCCUCAAGACUUGACGGAGCUGAU